AUGGAUGAAGAAUACGACGUUAUAGUUUUAGGUACUGGGUUGACCGAAUGUAUCUUAUCAGGAUUAUUAUCUGUUGAAGGUAAAAAGGUGUUACACAUUGACAAACAGGACUUCUAUGGGGGUGAAUCAGCAUCAUUGAACUUAUCUCAAUUGUACUCAAAGUUUAAACCUUCAGGUCAAAAGCCUGAAUUAAAAGGUAGAGAUAGAGAUUGGUGUGUUGAUUUGAUUCCUAAGUUUCUCAUGUCCAACGGUGAAUUGACCAAUAUCUUGGUCCAUACCGAUGUUACCAGAUACAUUGAGUUCAAACAAAUUGGAGGAAGUUAUGUUUAUAGAAAUGGUAGAAUCGCCAAAGUUCCUUCUAAUGAGAUGGAAGCGGUUAGAUCCUCAUUGAUGGGGAUUUUUGAAAAGAGAAGAAUGAAGGGGUUCUUGGAAUUCAUUGCCAAUUAUGAUGAAGAUGUCAAGUCCACCCAUCAAGGAUUAGAUUUGGAUACUAACACAAUGAACGAAGUUUAUAAUUAUUGGAGAUUAGAAAACGGUACUAAGGAUUUUAUUGGUCAUGCCAUGGCUUUGUGGCCAAAUGAUGAUUAUUUGAAUGAACCUGCCAGACAAACCUAUGAAAGAAUUGUUUUGUAUGUCCAAUCAGUUGCCAAAUAUGGGAAAUCUCCUUAUAUUUACCCAUUAUACGGAUUAGGUGAAUUACCUCAAGGGUUUGCAAGAUUAUCAGCUAUCUACGGUGGUACUUAUAUGUUGGAUACUCCAAUUGAUGAAGUAUUAUAUGAAGAUGGUAAAUUUGCUGGAGUUAUUACUAAAGAAGGUAAAGCUAAAGCUCCAAUUGUAAUUGCUGAUCCAACUUAUUUCCCUGAAAAAGUUAAGAAAACAGGCCAAAGAGUCAUUAGAGCUAUGUGUAUUAUGGAUCAUCCAAUUCCUAAUACUAAUGAUUUAGAUUCUUUACAAUUGAUCAUUCCACAAAAUCAAGUAGGUAGAAAACAUGAUAUUUACAUUGCUUGUUUAUCGGAUGUUCAUUGUGUGGUUCCAAAAGGUUAUUAUUUGGCUAUUAUUUCAACUAUCAUUGAAACUGAUACUCCUCAUGUUGAAUUAGAACCAGCCUUUAAAUUAUUAGGUCCAAGAAUCGAUACUUUAAUGGGUAUUGCUGAAUUAUAUGAACCUCAACAAGAUGGUUCAAAAGAUGGCAUUUAUAUUUCCAAGACUUAUGAUGCUUCAUCUCAUUUCGAAUCAAUGACUGAUGAUGUUAAAGAUUUAUACUUUAGAGUUAUGGGUAAACCUUUGGUAUUAAAGAAAAGACCCAAUGCUGAAGAAGAAGAAGGUUUAAAUGGUCUUUAG